CUCCGUCGACUCGCCUCGCCCGAAGCUAUUUCCCACGGCUCCCGACCACGCCGCCCGCCUCGUGCUCUGCAUUGUGUCAGAUGCCCACGUUCUUGUGAAUUCCCCAGCUGCAGCUCCAGCUUGGGCACUAUUUGUCGUCAUAGUGGAAGCUGAAGUGCAUGUGUCUGGCGCGUGCAGCGCCGAAGCCAAUCAAUAGCCUGUUUUGGCCUUAGUCUGUCUAUUAUUCUGGGCGGCAUGUGUGGGCAACAAGAGAGCUUUACGGCGGAUGGCCGACCCACCACCACCGAUGCGCAGGACCACGCCGACUUCCUUUCCACUGCUCCCACGACGCGGCGCAGCUCCGUGGUCACCGAAGAGAUGAGCCGCAGUCAGCACGACGCUGCCGAGCGGCAGUCGAGCUACGCAGACAUGCAGGCCAGCCAGGCGAGUCUGCAAUCCCAGGCGGGCGAGGCAGCACAAGGCACUACUCGGCGCCCUCGAGCUCGGCAUCAGGAUUACGGCUCGAUGCAGGGUUCAUCCACGAGCGCGGUCCCAAGUGGAGGUCGAACUCCACAAGCAUCACAACAAACUCCCAAACGACCCAAUGCCGGUCCGCGAAAACCCUCGACGGCAGCACCGCACCGUGGAGACCUAUUCUCAGUCGACGACGAUGCGGUAGAGGUCGAUGCAGAUCUACGAGAGCAGAGAAGUCAUUCCAAGGUCGCUGCACAGCGCGAAAGACAACUCAGACGAAGAGAGAGCACAAUUCGGCGGCGAGUGCCUCAGCCCGCAUUACCUCGAGUGGAGAGUGACGAGCAGGAAGAGGAAGCCGCGCAGACUACAGGCACAGACACUGUCAGAACAACAGUGAGACCCAAAUCACCACUAGACGCCGGCGAUCCUAGCUCGGAAGAAACACUCCAAGGCGAGGAGGAGGAAGAAGAAGAAGAUGAGGGAACCCCAAAUAGUGACGACGAUGACAGCGCAGACUUGAGCGACGCUGAGAGUUUCACCCUCAAGGAUCGACAACAAGCAAUCAAUGAAACACAUCCUUUCGGAAUCAGGAUAUGGAAGCCGGCGCUGUACAAGAAAAGUCGAUCAGUGCAAAGAAAUGCAGAAGGUGACAUUCAUAGUGCUCCGGGCGGCAAUGUCAGUCGAUGGCUAUGGGUAUUCAACGCUCUCUGGACAUUAAUAUUCGGCUGGUGGCUAGCUCUGAUCACAGCUGCUGGAGGAGUAGUUUGCCUACUCUUCAGCAUAUGCCAGGCCACGUCAGGCACGCCCGGGUGUCGGGAGUAUGGCCGCGUAUUGAUCAAUCUUGCGCACUACCUAUUCUACCCUUUUGGCAAGUAUAUCUUACUGGAGCGCGACGAACAGUAUCUGCACGAAGACGAAGGAGAAGGGAGAGACAUUGCUGAAUAUGAGCGAUGGCAAGCCGGCGACAUUGAAGCUGGUCGCCUCUUCUUCGGACCUACAGAUAUCAAUCGAUCCUUGAUCGGGCGACGUCGAGAAGAAGUACCUGACCUGGAGGACAACGAGACUGAUAGCCUCCUUGGUCGGGCCAGAUCGAGUUCGGUGGCUCAGCGGGCUCGGAACCGCACCAAGAAGCGAUUGUUUGGCCGCGGAGAAUGGACACUCGGCAGAGUGAUAUUCUUCCUCUUCUUCUACUUUCUGAUCACACCAUUCUUGUUCCUCGUCAGCGGAAUCUGUUGGUUCCUCGUCUUCACGAUCCCGAUGGGCAAAGUCACGCUGUUACUGUUCUACCACUUGCGUCGCCACCCGCUUGCCAUGAGCUUCCACACCGACAGCCAUUACCAGCGAUUUGAUUCGCAACCACGAGGCAGCUCCGACAGCGUCAUCCUGCUAUGCACAUAUCGGGCAGUCGGCAUCAAAUACUGGAAGUACACAAUCGACGGAACGAAUAUCUUCCUCAUCAAUCUUCUCGGACUUGUGGCCUUCGCCAUCAUCGAUUACUUUGUGCUCUAUGAGACUUUGCACAUCGACACAUGGUUCACUUCUCCGGGUUUUGUGUUCGUCAUUGCGCUGGCAUCGAUCAUACCGCUUGCUUACUUCAUCGGCCAAGCAGUGGCUUCGAUCUCUGCUCAAUCAUCGAUGGGUGUAGGAGCCACAAUCAACGCCUUCUUCAGCACCAUUGUGGAGGUGUUCCUCUACUGUGUCGCAUUGGAUGAAGGCAAGUCGCAACUUGUCGAAGGCAGUAUUAUCGGCUCCAUUUUUGCCGGUAUACUUUUCUUGCCUGGACUGUCAAUGUGCUUCGGCGCCAUCAAACGCAAGACUCAGCGCUUCAACGUGAAGUCGGCUGGCGUUACCUCAACAAUGCUGCUGUUUGCGGUCAUUGCGGCGUUCGGGCCAACUCUAUUCUACCAGUUCUAUGGCUCUCACGUCCUCAACUGUCGCCAAUGCAUCGAUAUGCCCAACGGACCUGACGAAGAGCGUGAUUGUCGCAGAUGUUACUUCACUCAGGUACCAGAGCUCAACGAUGAGUUCUUCAUCUCAGCCGUCAGGCCAUACGUCUGGUUCUGUGCCGUGUGCUUGUUUUUGUCCUACGUUGUAGGUCUGCUGUUCACCUUGCGCACCCAUGCAGCUGUGAUCUGGAACAAUGAGCCUGAAGAAGAGAAGAAGAAGCACCAGGACAUUCUCCAUAACGGGCCUCACCCGGGACACCUGAAUUUGCCGUACACUGCAGGCCUCGUUCAGGCAGACCAUAAUUCAGCAACCGGCAGGAAGCAGACCCACGGCACGAUAAACACUGCUGACAUUCGGUCCAGUCAAAUGUACAAGCGGAUACUUACUCAGAGCCUCAAGCAGGCUGGCAUCACCACAGCCGGAGCUCCUGAAGGGAAAGACAACAAGAACACCGCUGCAGAUGCCGAAGGACAAGGACCGCACAUUGUGCCACCUAAGAGUGCUGGUAACGACACCACUUCUAGCAGCAUAAUUGCAAGUGGUCUCAGUGCUGAGGAUAAUCGUGCACUGGUGCAGCAAGUGGCAGAGAUGGCAGCGACUGCUGCUACAAUCGCCGCACGAGAUGCCACCACCGCUCCACGUCGCGCCAGUCACAUGGCGACCACGUCUGCUACCCCAACAGCGUCGCGUCACCAGUCUCACAUCAAAGACAGCAAGGAUGGUCGUCCGCCAGUGGGUUCCAAUGCUAUCGACUAUGCCACUGGCGGGUUGGCGCCAGUGGCUGAGGAAGCGUCCGGUGGUCACGGCGGCCACGAUGCGCCCAAUUGGUCGCGCAUGAAGUCUGCCGUUAUACUGAUGUCGGCGACAGUGGCCUACGCUAUCAUUGCCGAGAUUUUGGUCGAUACUGUUGACGUUGUUCUUACGUCUGUCAGCAUUCCGGAGAAGUUCCUUGGUAUCACACUGUUCUCCCUGGUGCCGAACACGACCGAGUUCCUCAACGCCAUCAGCUUUGCCAUGAACGGCAAUGUUGCUCUGUCGAUGGAGAUUGGAUCGAGUUAUGCUCUGCAGGUCUUCCUGCUCCAGACGCCUUGCCUGGUCCUGUUCACUGCUAUCUACAACAACUGGGUUCCAGGUGAGCAGCUCGCCGAGCACAGCUUCAGCCUUAUCUUCCCGCAAUGGGACAUGGUAUGUGUGCUUCUCAGCGUCUUCCUCUUCGGCUGGAUUGUGGGAGAGGGAAAGAGCAACUACUUCAAGGGAAGUAUACUUAUCUUCACUUACCUCGUCGUCGUCAUUGGCUUUUGGUUCACUGGAUACAACAGUGAGGCGAUGAUGGGCAUUGAUCGCUUUGAUACUUUGGCACUUGGCAUUCAACCGCAAAAGUUCCACACGAUAGGACAGUCAGGCAGUGGCAUGGCUUUCCCGUUCCGUGUACGACCGAAGACAAAAGUUUGAGCUGUGAGGCUCGACGACUGAGUUUUGUGCAUAUUCUUGUCGAUGGUGCGAUCGACGUCGAGAUGAGUGUGAUGGCAUAGAAAUGAUAGUGAGCGUUCAAGACAUAGCGCAGGAGUUUUGCAUGGGAUGGAUGAAUGGGUAAUGCAUGGUGUUUAUAGAUGAGC